UUAUGGGUCUUGGUUUAAAAGCUGAACAUUUACAAAAUGGUUUGAUUAGAGCAGAAAACAUAAAGAAAGAUGUUGCUAGCCAGGUAGCUUCACGCGAUGGGUCCUGUGAAGCAGAAAAGUAGCAAUGUCAGACUGGGUGCGCCAGGCAUCUCUGCAAUUUUGGUACCAAGUACACACACACACCUACAACCUUGACGACAAUUAUUAAAAUAUCAUUACUGACUUCUCCACUUGCAGCUGCAGAAGGGAUCAGAACAUGAGGCUGGUUAGUCAUAUUACACUGUCCUCCAGAGAUGUGCUAGGCACUUAGCCCACUCGGGGCUCCAGGAACCUGCCGCAAUUUGGUUAUCCGAGCGUCCGUAUAGUAAUACGGUGGGCGAGCUUCGGGCCGCCUGAGAUACGAGCACGCGCUUCCUCCCUUGAUGUGAACGGCGGACAGUCGGGCCCGCGGACCCGAGCCUUCUCUUCAGUCCCAACAGUCCGAAUUGGUGAGGGAGGACAGUCACCCCCCCAUUACUACCACUGCCCUCGCGGCUUCCCGGACGGUUGCAUGGAACACGAGUUUAUCAACCGUCGGGGUCUGUUUGGAUAUGAAAUUAUGAAUUUGUCAGGAGUUCACAGCAGCUGGGAAAGCUAACGAAGCCUUCGCUGUGUCAAAUGGCAAUUGGGAUAUUUCAUGAUGUAUCAGAAAUAAUUUAUUUUUAAUUUUAUCCUUCGUUGGCAUUCUUUGAAGUGCUGCCAAAGUAGCCUUGGGUUGUGACGGUCUGUAAUCUGCCAGUCACUGUUUAUUUAGCAUGAGCACCGAAGAUGAGGCAGGUUUGGGAUUCAAAGCGGUACUUGCACUGUCACCAGGAAGCUCCUCACCAACACCACCACCACCUUGUGAAUCAUGUACCGAGUCCGUGGAACGGCUGGACUUAAACCUCAGGAGGCAGCAACAGGAGCAUGCUGAGGGGGACAUGGAGCAAGAAGAACUGGAUGCAAAGGCCUGUGAUGAUACUAGCGAUGCACAAGAGAUGAUACUGGCUUCAGCAGCAGCACCAGGAGAAAAGGUCUGUGAGUGUUCGCAAAGUCUGAGUGGGUCAGAGUCCGAGUCUACAUGCAGCACUGAUCCUAGCCCAACACCAAUCUGUAGGAUUUGUUUCCAGGGACUGGAACAGGGUAACAUGUUAAAUCCAUGCCGCUGUGAUGGAUCUGUACGGUAUACUCAUCAGCCGUGCCUUCUAAAGUGGAUAAGUGAAAGAGGUUCAUGGAACUGUGAACUUUGUUGUUACAGAUAUCAAGUGACAGCAAUUAAAAUGAAACAACCAGACCAGUGGCAAGGUAUUACAGUAACACUGGUUGAGAAGGUUCAAAUCAUAGCUGUAAUGUUAGGAUCUCUGUUCCUAAUAGCAAGUAUAACUUGGCUCCUGUGGUCAGCCUUCAGCCCAAAUGCAGUGUGGCAGAGGAAAGACAUCCUUUUUCAGAUCUGCUAUGGAAUGUAUGGCUUUAUGGACUUAGUUUGUCUAGAAGCAAAUGUUUUGAAAGGACAGAUAGUUCGUUGUAUGCGGCUACAUAAUGAUGAUGUAACUUUAUGUGAAGCACUGACUCUUCUUAAGCAUGAAUUUAGUGAAAGGGGUUACAAAAUGAAAGAGAUUGAGUGGCAGCUUGAUUUAGCAUGA